UACGAGAGGUUGACUGAAUUAGUCACUCGUGAAUUUAAUAAUCUCAAUUUCAAAAUUCAAUAAAAACAAUUUCAAUUCAUUAUUAUUACAAAAGAAUUACCCCUAAAUGAUGUGUUUCAUAAUUACAAAAUUAAAAAAAAAAAAGUGAUACUGUGAUUUAGUUUCUCUUCUACCUAAUGGAUCCAGUGAAUUUCAAUUAAUAAUAAAAGUGUGUGAAAGAUUUUUUUUUUGGGAAAAACUGCAGUGAUUUUCUUUUUUUUUAAAUUAAAUAUUAAAUAAAUUACGAAAAUAGUUAUUAAUUAAAAGAAGAACUAAAUUGACUAUCGCGAAUUGUUUUCCUGUAGUGAAGAAAAAAUGAAUGAAAUGUUAUUAAAAGUGUCUGAAUGGAACUUAUAGACAUGUAAGUAACCUGUGCGGUUGUAUUUUUUUUCGAAUCAAAACAUGAGAAAAUUUAAAAUCAAUACAGAAAAUUGAAUAAUAAGAUUUAAAAAAAAAAGAAAGUAAUGCAAAGUGAUCAUACCUGGUGGAUCCUUGGCGUUGAAGUAUUGUGUUGAAUUAUGUCUGACUGUUCAGAACAAUUAUCAUCGCCAAAUAGCGACUGCAAUAGUCAAAUGGGAAUGGUACAUCGAAGUUUGAGUUCAAUUGGUCCUUAUGGUAAUUCUGCGAUGACAGGAUUGACAAUUACACAUCAUUCACAAAAUUUAACUCCCUCAUCGAAUGGUAGUCCAAGAUAUCCACAGGAACUUUGUAACGCUGUUAGUUUAACAACAAAUUUAUCCAAUUCUGGUUCAAUUGCCCUCGGUGGAAAUAGCAACGGUUCAAGUUUCUCUGAGGAACAAAUUAUUUGCCUCUGCAAAAGUAUGGUCCAAAAAAAGGACAUGGCAAAUCUCGAAAGAUUUUUAUACACACUGCAACCAUAUCAAUUAGCUCGUGGUGAGAGUGUAUUAAUGGCAAAGGCAUAUGUGGCAUUUCACAAUCAUUCAUUCACUGAUGUUUACAAUAUUCUUGAGAGGAAUAAAUUUUCCCCCGAAUACCACUUAGAGUUACAGCAAAUGUGGUACAAAGCCCAUUACCUGGAAGCGGAAAAAGUUCGAGCAAGAAAAUUAGGAGCAGUUGACAAAUAUAGAUUGAGGAAAAAGCAUCCCUUACCACGUACCAUUUGGGAUGGUGAGGAAACUGUUUAUUGUUUCAAGGAACGUUCGAGAAAUGCCCUUAAAGAAUGUUAUCAAAAAAAUAGAUAUCCGACGCCCGAUGAAAAGAAGACAUUGUCAAAGAAAACUGGACUCACAUUAACGCAAGUGUCAAAUUGGUUUAAAAAUCGACGACAACGCGAUCGCACACCUCAAACAAGAUCUGACAUGAUGUUGAAUUGCCAGAGUGCGAACAAUGGAAAUAUGAACGGUUCGGUCAGUAGUAGCACCGGACAUCAAUCUUUGCAAAAUUUAGACUCGAUUGGUACCAAUUUGGCAAUUUCUCCAAUUUCCGCAAUGGGAAUGUCACCAGUUGGAAUGAAUUCUUGUAGUCCAAUAGUAAUGAGUCCCAUGGGGUCUCAUCAUCACGGCUAUGCAACUCCUGUGACUCCGUCCCCGGUUCAUUCGACUCAUCACCAUAAUGGAGGCCUGAGUCCCAUAAACGAUGUUAAAACACACUUUUACGGUCGUUACGAUGGUGGAAAAGAUAUUGAUCAAAGUUCUGUUUAUUAUUCGAGUCAUUCGAGUAUGAGCCAUCAUCAAUAUUAUCAACAGACACAUCAUCAAAUGAUGGCAACUUCCCAUCAUCAUUAUCAACAAGGAAUAAGAGAUUCAUCGUCAGGAUACGAUAUUAUCUUACCUCCACCUCAGCACACCAUGUGA